UAGAAAUAAAAUUAAAAAAGAAGAAUAAAAGAACGAGAACACAACAUAUAAGUAAAUAGUUAUUAAAAACAAAAAUUUAAUUUAAUUUAAUUACAAAAAAUAAGAACAAAAAAAAAAUUAAUUAAAAAUUUUAGUAAUAAAAAAAUUAAAUUACAAAUCUAAAUAAAGAAAUAUUAAUCUAGUAAGGAAAAAUAAAUACCAAACAAAUUGUAUAAUAAAAUUAUUUAUAAAUUAAAAUUACAAUGAAUUCAAUAAACCCUAAACUAAUGCUCUUAAUAGCAUUCUUAAUUAACUUAAUUUAUAAUAAAGUUAACGCUUCUAAUAUAUGGGAUAAAUUAAGAGAAGAAACAGAUCUAGGACAGUUUUAUUCAUUAUUGGAAAAGUAUGAGGUAGCGAAUGCAACAGUCACAUUUAGGCGUGUAACAUUAUUUAUACCAACAAAUGAAGCCUUUUCAAAAUACGAAGGAGAAUUAUCGGAAAAUCUAGUUUUAUAUCAUAUUGCAACAUCAGCGAUAGCAAGCGAUCAACUUAAAUCUAUGGCAAUUUCAUCAGAUGUUGAUGGUAAUUUACCACUUUAUAUUAAACAGACCAGGCAAGGUGAAACAUUUGUUAAUAAUGCCCGUGUAGUACCAUCUCGCACAUUAGAAUUUAAAAAUCAUUUGGACAAAAAACAGGUCAUUUAUGUAAUUGAUCAAGUUCUAGAGCCAUUAACACAAAACGGUCCACAAAAUAUUCAUGUUCCUGUAAAUCCAAGCGCUUUUCAAUUAUUAAAUUUUUAUGAAUCAUUUAAUAUUGGAAAUUUCAAAUUAAGGUCAUAUAGGAAUCAGGUACAACUUAUGAAAAAACAAGAUCUUUAUAAUGCACCUGGGGAGCAUACCUUCUUUUUGCCAAUUGAUUUAGGAUUCAAGACGACAGCCAGAAGCGCUCUUGUAGAUCAUAAAGUAAUUGAUGGUCAUGUUAUAUUAAAUAAUCCACUAUUUACAGCAGCUGCACCAUUAGAUCAGCCUCAGACCACUGCCGCUUUUGAAGAUAAUAUUAAAGUAUCUGUAACAUUCUUUGAAACUGGUAAUAAAAUGUACGUUAAGUCAAAUACAAUUACUGCAGAUCCAAAACACCCAAGAGGUGUUGUACUUGCUGAAAUUGUUAAAGCAAAUAUACCGGUUCAAAAUGGUGUUGUACAUUUAAUAUCAAGGCCUUUAAUGAUAAUUGAUUCAACGGUAACACAAUUUUUACAGGAUGAAGAGAAUGGAGCCUUACAUAAAUUCUAUGAAACAAUUAUGGAUAUUGGUGGUGAAGUUCUUGGUGAAAUUGCAAGUUUACCAAAUGUAACAAUAUUGGCACCUAGUAAUGAAGCAUGGGAUAAUGCUAAUAUUAACAAUGUAAUUAGAAAUCGAGAGAAAAUGAAGGAUAUUUUGAAUAUGCACGUAAUUAGAGACAGAGUUGAUAUUGCAACUAUUAAAGCAAGAAAUGAAAAUCGAAUUACGUUAUUACCGACUUUAAAUAAUCGAACAGCAUUGUAUUUCAAUAUUUUGGGUGAUACGAUCACCGUUGAGGGUAAAGGUGUUAAUGCAACUUUAAUUCAAACCGAUAUCGCACAAACAAAUGGUUAUGUACAUAUAAUCGAUAAAGUUUUAGGUGUACCAUAUACCACAGUUUUAGGAAAACUAAAAGAGGAUCCAAUGUUAAAUGGAACUUAUACAAUUGGAACAUUUUCUGAUUUCAAUAAACAAUUGGGUGAUACAACUAAACGUUACACUUAUUUUGUUACACGUGAUAAAGGUUGGGAAUAUUUGAGAAAUGAACAACCAUCAAAAUAUAAAAAAAUAUUUAUGCCAGAAUUUAGAUAUCAUUCAACUCAACUUUUAGAACGUCAUCUAGUCAUUUCUGAUAGAAUAUAUAAAAUGAAAGAUCUUGCUGAAAUAACAAAAAGAGAAGGUCCUACGGUGUUGCCAACCCAAAGAGAUUCCCUUAAACUUGGAAUUUAUGAAGAACUUGGUCCUUUCUCCAAUGAAUAUAAAAAAAUAAAAGUGCCUGGUUAUUAUAUCAAAUGGAAUCUAAAGAAAAUUGGGGUAUUCCGUGCCGAUGUAGAAUGUACUAAUGGAAUAAUACAUGUAUUAGAUCAUCCGAUUAUGGACAAUGGAGAUCUAAUUGUAACUGGAAGCUUUACUGGUUUUGCAACACGUACAACAUAUAGUGCUUAUCAAAUAUUUGCAAGCUUUUUAAUGAUAAUUGUAGCAAAGCUUUUACUUUAAAAACUAAUUAUAUAAAAGAACAAAAAAAAUAAAUAAAUAAAUAUUUAAAAAAUAAAAAAUGAAAUAAGGAAAAGAACAAAAAACAUUUCAAAUUUAAAAACACCAAUGAUUUCUUGGAAAAAAUAUAAAAUAAAACCGAAAGCCUACAACUAUACAUUCAAAAAAUUUUCAAUUUCUUUUUCUCUAAUUUUCGGUAUUUAUUAAAUUUUUUUUUUUUAAUUUUCAAUAAAAACUGAGUAAUCAUUAUAAAAUUUAAUAACAAAUAUACAGUUAUGAGUUCGUUGACAGUAAUGAAUCCAGCGACAUAAACAAAACGUCAUUGUUGCGGAAAUUUCGAAGGUUUUCAAAUUAUUUUAACAAUUAAGUUUUCCUUAAACAAGUAAAAUUCCCAAAAUUGCAUAUUUAUUGUCCUACAAAAAUGUAAAUAUUUUGUUUGAUAAAAAUUUUUAAUAAAGAAAAUAUUUUGUUGUUGCCAGAAUAUUUUGCAUUUAAGAAUGGCAAACGUCAAAUUUUAGUCCGUAUUCUUCCCGAUAAGAACUUGAAAUCCCGAUGUUUCAAGUUCAAAAUUUAAGAAUUAACAAAAAAUAUGUUAAUAAAUCAAAUUAAUUCAAUUCUAAAGUGUUAUAAAAUUUCGACUUUGCAUAUAAUAAAAUUUUUUAUUAAACAUUCAAAAUAAUAAGUAUUUUUCAAUUAUUAAUUCGAGUUAGAAUCACAAAACUAUAAUGAUUAACUUAGAUUACUUGUAACGAACUCUGACUGUUUGAAUAUUUUAUUAUUCGUAUGUACUCAUGUACGAUAUAAUAUUAUAUACACUAGUAUAUUCUUGCAAAAAGAUGUAAAGACAUAAAAAUAGUAACCAUAAUAAAAUAAAAACCACAACGUUUUUCAAAAUUGUGUUCCAAAACUUUUACUUUUCACUUUCAAUAACCAAUUAUUUCAAAAAGAUUUUAAAAAUCAAAACAAAAUUUGACAUUUUGACAAAUUGAAAAAGAACUUCAAUAAUCUUUAAGAUCGAGAUGAACCAGCGAUAAAAUUAAAAAUCUUUAUAAAAAUCUCUAAAAUAUUUAUUUGAUAUUUUUGAAAUGAAAAAAAAAACAGAACAACUUAAUUUACUGUUAAAUAAAAAGAAAAAAUACAAAGAAUUCGCAUAAGAACGCUAAUAAAAAUAUUAUUAAAACAUAUAUAUACAUUUAUGUAUAUGAAACAUAGAAAAUUAGAAAAUGUAAAAUUAAAAAAGUAAAUUAAUAUUUUUCUUUUCUGAAAAUUAAUAUUUCUUAAUAUUACAAAAAUAUAAUAUAGGCUGCUAAAAAUUUACUAUAAAAAUUUUACAAAAUGGCAACACUGUUAAAAUACUAACAAACAAUGAAAACAACACCAUAAUACCUAGCCAUACUAAUUAAUCUAUUCAUAUACAUAAUAUGUAUGUAUGUAGUUAUGAAAAAUUUUCUGCUGUGAUAUUUUGUUUAGCAACAUGAAUUAAAAGAAAUAAAAAAAUAAAUAAAUAAAUAAAUGAUUAAAUAAAAACUAUUUAUUGAAAUAAAAUAAAACACACACAAAAAUUUAUAUAAUAUAAAUAUACUAUACAUUUACACAAGAUACAACACAACAGAUUAAAUUAUGUAAUAUAUUGACAAUUCAAAUGUCAUACAUAACCAAACAAAUUUGACAUUUUAUUGUUUUCAUUUAAAAAAAAAUGAAGUUCUUUAAAAAUAAUUGUUAUAAAAAAAAAUUAAUAUAUUUACUAUCACUACCACUAAAUAACCAAAUUAUAUAAAACAAGAGUAUGUACAUUAUUUAUUUAGAUUUUGAAUUUUUUGAUAAACAACAAAAAUAACAACAACAAGAACAAAAACAACAACAAAAUAACAACUAUUUAGCGUUCUUAAAAAGCUACAACAAAAACAAAAAGAAUAACUCAAAGAAAUUCAAUGAAAUUCUAAUAUAAAACAAAAAAAGAAAAAAUUAAAUAUAAAAAAAAAAAUUAAUUCAAUCAUCGAACAUUCAUUUUAAAUCAUUAGAAAAAAACAAAAUAAAACACACAUACACACCCCAUUUAAAUAUAUAAAAUUGACAUUAUUUCACCGCCAUUUUAAUAAUAAUAAAAAAGAAAAAAAAAAAAUGAAAUCAUAACCAAUGUAAUAUCAUCCUAAGCUAAAAACAAAGAACAAAAAAUUAAAAAAAAAAAAAAACUAAAAAAAAGGACGGAAUAUUCAAUCAUAACUAUUUUGUAGAUACACGUUUAUGGCAAUACAGCAUUCUAAGGACUGCCAUAGUUUAUAAUACAAAAAGAAAAAAUAAAAUAAAAAAUUAAAUAAAAAAUUGAAAAAAAAAUUGAAAGCAAUUUAAAAUCAAUAAAUAACAGUAAAUAAAAAAAUAACAAAACAAAAAAAAACAUGUAUUAAAACCAUUAUUAAGUUAAAAUUUAAUUAAUUUAAAAAAAAAAGAAAAAAGAAAAAGAAAAAUAAAUAUAUAUAUUUAAAAUUUAAGUCACCUAUCGAAAUUUUCUCACUUCCAUAUUAAAAAAAAAAAAAUAAUAUUUUUUCUUUUUUGUUUUUCCUGUAAAAGCCUGCCUCCUGCCUUCCUCUUUUUCUUUUGACCUCGUAUUCUGCCACUUUAAUAUUUUCUCAUAAUUUUUAAUUAGUUUUAUGAAAAAUAAAAAAAAUCAUACAAAAAUAAGAAAAAAAAAA